UAAGCCAAAGGAAACAAGUGCCGUGGAGUUGAGGAGUUGCGUGCUGUUUCGUGAUCUGGAGCCACCCGCACCAAAUCCGCCGUUUCCAUCACCUGAUCCAGCAGCGUGGCGCAGCUGUUGGCAGCGCUGAUUCUGUAGCGGAGUUAGAAACUCAGCAGCAGGAAUAAGAUUUCUUUAAUGAGUUUUGUUUGACAGCCUCUCGCUGCCGGAGCCUCCAGAAUGAUGAAUUCUAUUUCCCUGUGUUUUCUUUGUGGAUUGUACAGUGUUUUUGGAAAAGAUCAAACAGGAAAGUUCAGCGUUCCUCACUUGGAUGUAAGAUCUCGACAGAUGGUUCUGGAAGCUGACAAGACGCUGCUGCUCAAUUGCAGGGGCCGGUGGGAGCUGUCCUGGGCGUUCCCAGCAAGCCUGAUCCGAGAUGAGGUGGACCUGGAUGAAUCUCGUUGUGGGAGGACAAUGCAGCACUACUGCAGCAGUGUGCGAGUCAGCAAGAUUCAAGCCAAACACACCGGCCUGUUCCGCUGCCGGUACAAACACAGGACAGAAAAACAGGCGUCCGUCUACGUUUAUGUUGCAGACAGUCGGCAGCCGUUUGUGGAACGCGCCAGUAAGAGCCUCAAUGUGCUGUACAUGAAGGUGAAGGAGCCUCUGGUCAUCCCCUGCCGGGUCACCGAUCCCAACAUCACCACCACUUUGGUCAAGUCUCAGUACCUCAGCAAGAGUUACAGCGCAGACCAGAGGAACAUCAUUUGGAACAGCAGACAAGGAUUCACCAUCCGAGCUCCCACCUACUACGACGUCGGCCUCUUCUACUGUCAGGCCACCGUCGACGGGGUCAGACACCAGUCGCAGAGUUACUUCGUGCACAGAACAGUGAGCAACAUCACGAAGGUGAACCUGAACAGCACAGAUGUAGUCCGAGCCCUGAAGGGCGAGAGGCUGGUGUUGAACUGCACCGCAACGGCAGAGCUGAACACCAGAGUCAACAUCACCUGGAGCUAUCCUGGGAAGGGGAACAAUGCCGGCUUCACCUCCAAAAUGCUGGUGAGACACAGACUGCACGUGUUGUUCUACAGCACGCUGACCAUCCCCAAGCUCCAGCGUUCAGACAGAGGUCUCUACACAUGUCGCGUCACCAGCGGCAACCAAAGCAAGCAGAAGCAAGUUACAGUCACCAUAUAUGACCGUCCAUUUAUCCGUCUGAAACCCCGAAACGGAUCCCUGAUGGUGGUGCAAGCUGGACAAAAAUCUUAUAGAAUUUCCCCCAAAGUACGAGCAUUUCCUGCCCCUGAAGUUUUCUGGUUUAAGGAUGGGAACUUGGCUGCAGAACACUGCUCCAGAUACCGCAUCAACGGGACUUCCCUGGUCAUUAAGGAUGUGGCAGAAGAGGAUGCAGGAAAGUACACAGUCCUCGUGCAAAUCAAGGAGCACGGGCUGUUCCAGAAUCUCACUCUAACCCUCAUGGUCAACGUGAGUCCUCAGAUAGCAGAGAAAGCCGUGUCAUUGCAAGACCCCGGCUCGGUGCCGCGGGGGAGCAGGAAAACACUGCGCUGCACGUCCCACGGAGUUCCUCCUCCACACUUCCAGUGGCUUUGGCAUCCUUGCCCGUCCAAAGGCCUGUGUGUGUGUCCGUCCUCCUCCUCUCUGUGGAGCCCGGUGUCAGAGAGCCUCCCUGCCUCAUCUGCACACAAUCACAUCCUGAGUGUUGCUCAUAGACAGGAAGUGCUGCAGGGGAAGAAAAAGACUGUGGGGGUCCUGACUGUUGCAAAAGCCUUUGUGUCUGGGGUGUAUCGCUGCGUCGCCUCCAACGCUGUCGGCUCCGACCACCUAGACAUCCACUUCUACGUAACAGAUGUCCCGGGAGGUUUUUGCGUAAAGCAGCAAGAGGAGGAGGCCAGAGAGGGCGGAGACCUCCACCUCACCUGUUUGGCCAACAAAUACCUUUACGCUGCGUUGUCAUGGCAACCGGUGAAGGAAUCCCGCUUCCCUGCUCCGAUUAUUCACCAGCACACUACGGGGAAUUUCUCCAGCUCCCUGGUGCUGUUGCUAAGCAACCUGACAGCUCGAGACUCUGGAAUCUACAGAUGCUCCACCCGCCACCUUUUCACCGGGAAGGUGACUCACCUGGACACGCAGGUGGUCGUCACAACUCUGAAAGCCCCCGUGCUUCUGGGUAAUCUGACCGACUGCACCGUCAACGUAAGCGCAUCAGUGACCCUCGGCUGUCUGUCUCACGGCGUCCCACCUCCAACCAUCACUUGGUACAAAGAUGAGCAGCUUCUGCAGCCGGGAUCAGGGAUUGUCAUUGAAAGAGAUGGGAGCCUCCAUAUUGACAGAAUCACGGCGGAGGACCAGGGCCUGUAUACGUGUCAGGCCAUCAAUGAGAGGGGAUCUGUGGAGACUUCAGCCCAUAUAUGGGUCAGCAGUGUGUCAGAAACUUCAUUUCUGGAAAUUCCCACACUCGUUUGUACCUGCGUGGUGGCCACUCUCUUCUGGCUUCUGCUCACGCUCCUCAUUCGCAAAAUGAGACAGUCCAACAGCUCAAACACCAAACCAGGAUACCUGUCCAUCGUGUUCGACACAGGAGAGGGGCCAUCUGAGGAGCAGUGUGAUCGACUGCAGUACGACCCUCAUCAAUGGGAGUUCCCUCGGGAGCACCUUAAAUUAGGAAAAUCUCUUGGGCGUGGAGCUUUUGGUAAAGUGAUGCAGGCGUCCGCUUUCGGUAUUGACAGUGCCUCCAGCUGCAAGACGGUUGCCGUCAAGAUGCUCAAAGAGGGAGCCACAGCCAGUGAACAGAAGGCUCUGAUGACGGAACUGAAGAUCCUGAACCACAUUGGAAAUCACCUGAAUGUUGUCAACCUCUUGGGGGCCUGCACAAAGCCAGGAGGACCGCUGAUGGUCAUUGUUGAGUACUGUCGCUUUGGAAACCUGUCAGCUUUCCUCAGGAAAAAAAGAGAUGUGUACAUACACAACCAGCUGCAUGGAAGAGCGGAUGAUGAGUCAGGGUGUGGCGACAACGUGUCCACCAAAGCAUUGUCUGAGUCAGACUCAAAAGACAACAGUUGUGAACCAAAGUCAGCCUCCCCUCUCCUUCUGGAGGACCUCAUUUCUUUCAGCUUCCAGGUGGCUCGUGGGAUGGAGUUUCUGGCCUCUCGCAAGUGCAUUCACAGAGAUCUGGCAGCGAGGAACGUGUUGCUGUCUGAAAACAAAGUGGUGAAGAUCUGUGAUUUUGGCCUGGCCAGAGACAUUUACAAAGACCCCGACUACGUCCGCAAGGGAGACGCUCGUCUCCCUCUGAAGUGGAUGUCUCCGGAGUCCAUUUUUGACAAGAUUUUUACCACACAGAGCGACGUGUGGUCUUAUGGUAUUCUGCUGUGGGAGAUCUUCUCUUUGGGAGCAUCUCCUUACCCUGGUCAUCACAUAGAUGAGGACUUCUGCCUCCGACUUAAGAGGGGGACGAGGAUGAGAGCCCCAGAUUACAGCACACCUGAGAUUUACAGUAUAAUGCUGGCAUGUUGGGAGGGCGAUCCUUCAGAUCGACCAACGUUCACCAACCUGGUGGAGACACUCGGGGACCUGCUACAAGCCAAGGUGCAGCAGGUCAGAGAGGUUCAAACCCUCAUGCUACACACACACCGGAAUGGAAAGGACUACAUUCCUCUGAGAUUCUUCAUGAAUGAAGCCGUCCGUCCCUCAGAGGCCUUUACAGAAAACCCUCUUGCAGUAACCAACCUAAGCUACAUGAGGGGUAUGGCCACACUUCAGACUUUUGAGGAAUUGCAUUGUGGGGAACAAGAAAGCUCUGAUGAUGAGCAGAGCGACAGUGGGAUGGUCCUGUCGUCCGAAGAGCUGAAGAAUGUGGUGAAGAGUAACACCAAGAACAAGAAAGUCAGCAGGUUCUUUACCUUCGCUAAGUGUCGAGACCAUCAGGUGCCUUUCAUGUGUGGGAACAUCCCUGGUCGCCAUGACGACGAUCCUUCCAUCCUCCCUUGUGGCUGGGAGUCAGAUGAAGGCUGCUCCCCGCCUCCUGACUACAACUCCGCCUUCAUCUACCCCUCCAGCUUGGAACCCUCUGUAACUCCCUGAUAACUUUUUUCUUUCUUAGUGCUCUCUACCUCUUUGCAUCUGCUUUUUUUGUUGUUUUUCACCUUUCCAUCUAAAACAUAGCUGUACGUGACACUACUUACCCUCAAACAUAAGCUGCACGUUUUUAGCAUUAGAGCUUCUUGUACUGUCUGGUACCUCAUACCCAAAGCUUUGAGGAGAGGAACGCUGCUGUAGGAAAUUACUGUUCCUCUUCCACAGCUAAUUUAUGCUGGAAAAAAACUAUAUCCACUGAUAUAUAAUGGUAUAUUUGUCCGUAAUUCAUGUAAAUUACAUUUAUUUGGUUAGUGCCUAUAUUCUUCAAAUCUAUAAAAUGUCUUUAGAGUGACUCAGGAUGAUCAAACUGUCUGCAUUUUAUUUUAUAAAGCUUAAAAACUGUAAAUUGAAUGCAUAUUAUGUUUUCUUCUUUUUAAAAAGUUUAAAACUCUCAGGAAGCUGACGAACUUGAACGGCGGACAGGAUUUGACUGUAGAAUUCCACAUCAGAUUCUUCUAUUUUGGUAUAUUAGUUCUAAAAGGGGAUUACAUUUCAUUACUAAUUUAGUUUAGGGGCAAAAGUUUAAAAGCAGACGAUUAUAAAAUCCGACUUAUUUGCUUUCAAAACAUUUGGUCAGUGCUUGUACUUGCUGAACAGAAUUUGAAAGUAAAUAUCUAUAACCUCA